AUGAACACUUCAGUUUUUGAAGACAUCGAACAGGACAAUAACCCUUCAUUCUAUGGUAACCUGUCGAUCUUGAACAAUCCCUAUGGGACCCAGCAAGGAAAUGAAGUAAGUAAUCCUGGUAGUCCUCAGAAAGGGCAUUUGCAAAGAGAUAGUUUUGAGCAAGUGAAUGCGGAUGACUUUGUUAAUAACUCAAUAGUGUUGAGUAACAAGAUAACCAAUUUGAUUAAUGAUCCAAAAGUGGAGAUUUUAAUUGUAUCGACUGAGAAGUUGAUUAAAACAUCGAUUGUUGUGUAUGCAAUUGAACUUACAAACUCGGAAUCAAGCAUUAUAGUGAAAAGAAGAUACAGUGAGUUCAAAUCAUUAAGAGAUAACUUGUGUAAAUUGUAUCCAACAAUUGUGAUUCCUCCAAUCCCUGAAAAGCAUUCAUUGUUCACAUAUAUUUAUAAUUCCAUCGAUAAUUCACUUGAAUUGAGCUUAAUAGAAAUGAGGAGGAGAUAUUUCAUAACUUUUUUAACUGAGUUGAUCCGAAAUACAACAAUACGAUCAUGCCCAUUGUUGCUUAAAUUUUUAGAUCCUAAUUAUGAACUAUGUUGGAUGAAUGCCCUUAAUGAACCACCGGUUAUUUUGCUUCCAAAUAAUUUAUUACUAGCAAAUCCUUUGAAUCCUUCGGAUCAAAAUGGACUCUAUUCAUUGCUCCCUGUAAUAAGUGGUUUUAAUGCAAAUAGUGGAAAGGAUUCUUUACCUAACUUAACGCAUCUAAGUAACGAAUUUGCCAAUCUCAAGAUCCCUAUUGAUAUUCCCGACAAAUUGAUUCAAAUGGAAGUUGAUUACCACAGAAUUCAUAAGAUUCUAAAUGACAUGAAUAAGAUAGACACAAGAUUAUUAAAGAAUAUCAAAGGUAUAAUUGACAUAUUGAUUGAAUUGGGUGGAAAUUUGAACAACUUUUCACUUACAAUUUAUGAUUCAGCUUCAGAAGAUCUUAGUUUGCAAAUUGAGAAGUUUGGGUCCAAUAUGGAUAAAUGCUUUUUGAGUUAUGAAACAUUCUUGAACCAAUCAGCUAUACCCAAUUGGCAAGAACCUAUUCAUUCUUUAAUUCAGUAUUAUAUGGCAAGUUUGCAAAUACUCAAAUUUUACAAGUACAAGUUGGUUCAAUUGAAGAUUUUACAUAAACUUAGAUUGAAGAAGUCAAACCAACUUUUACAAUAUAACAACUUGUCGAAUUUAAGUAAUUUGUCACAACUUGAAAUCAAUUCCCCCACAAUUUCAAUGGCAAUCAAAUCUCGGCAAACCCCAGGUCCUAACGCACCCAUUGUAUCAUCUUCUUCGAAAUGGAAGUCACUCUUCAACAACAAUCAUAUAAGCAAGCCUCCAUCGGGUUCAUUGGAUGACACGCAUUUCUUUAAUAAUAUUGAGAAGGAAUUGAACAAGUUAGAUCAAUUAAUUGGACUUUGUAACUCAGAUAUCCAGGCACUCUCUAAGGAGCUCCAGGUGAGUUUUGAUGUGUUCAAUAAGGAAAUGGAGCGGAAGUGGACAAUUAUUAUGCUUGAUUUCAUCAGAGAUAGUAAGAAAUUAUUCACGGAGAAUUUAAAUAGCUGGUCAGAGUUUAAGGAUUCUUUGACAUAA